CCAGGCCCAUCUUCGUGCGCACGCGCCCUAAACCCUAAGCAAGGCAAGCUUCGGCUGCCUACUUCACCCUGCUGCGCACGCGCCCCGGCGUCGCGGAAAAAAAAAAAAAAAAAAAAAAAAAAAAAAAGAAAGAAAAAAAAAAGCGAAGGGCGCCGGCUGAAGAAGGGUCUCGAAGUCUCGCGAGAGUCGGCUCCGAACCUGCGCUUUCUCCGCCUCCUCCUUAGGCUUAGAGUAGGGGGUCCAGCUCCGAGUUGGGGGUCCCGAGUUCGUCAUGGCCGCCCGCGGAACCGCAGAGGAGCGGCAGCCUUUGCUGGGCGAGCAGGACCCGGGGAGCAGUCAGUGGGAUGUUAUAGAAACUGAAGAGCAUUAUAGGAGUCGAUGGCGUUCCAUUCGCAUCCUAUAUCUCACUAUGUUUUUCAUUAGUGUAGGAUUUUCAAUUGUAAUUAUGUCAAUAUGGCCAUUCCUCCAAAAGAUUGAUCCUACAGCAGAUACAAGUUUUUUGGGUUGGAUUAUUGCUUCUUAUAGUCUUGGCCAGAUGGUAGCUUCGCCUAUAUUUGGCUGGUGGUCUAAUUUUAGACCAAGGAAAGAACCUCUUGUGAUCUCAAUCUUCAUUUCAGUGGCAGCUAAUUGCCUCUAUGCCUAUGUCCAUGUACCUCCCUCCCACAAUAAAUACUACAUGUUGGUUGCUCGAGGACUUGUGGGAUUUGGAGCAGGAAAUGUAGCAGUAAUUAGAUCUUAUAUUGCUGGUGCUACUUCCCUUCAAGAAAGAACCAGUGCUAUGGCCAACACUAGUGCUUCUCAGGCCUUUGGCUUUAUCCUGGGUCCAGUUUUUCAGACAUGCUUUGCCCUGAUUGGAGAAAAGGGAGUAACGUGGGAAGCUAUUGAUCUUCAGGUGAACAUGUAUACAGCCCCAGCUCUACUCGGUGCCUUUUUGGGAGUUAUCAAUAUUAUCUUGAUCUUUGCUAUAUUAAGGGAACAUCGUGUGGAUGAUUCAGGAAGACAGUGUAAAAGCGUAAAUUUUGACAAAGCAAGCACAGAUGCAAUUCAUGACACCCAAGGAAGCAUUGAUCAAGUUGCUGUUGUCACCACCAACAUUCUUUUCUUCAUCACCCUGUUUAUAUUUGCUCUUUUUGAAACCAUUGCUACUCCGCUAACAAUGGAUAUGUAUGCUUGGACCAGAGAACAAGCAGUUUUAUAUAAUGGAAUAAUACUAGCUAUUGUUGGAGUUGAAGCAGUCAUUGUUUUCAUGGGAAUGAAAACACUUUCCAAAAAAACUGGAGAGCGUAUACUUCUGCUUGGAGGAUUCAUAGUUGUUUUAAUUGGAUUCUUUAUCUUGUUACCUUGGGGAAAUCAGUUUCCAAAGAUACAGUGGGAAGAUUUACAUAAUAAUUCGAUUCCUAAUAAAUCAUCUGGAGAAAAGUUUAUGUAUUUUUGGAAGUUAUCAACAGGAAAUUCUAGUGAAGCUCCAACUGGCUGCCCAGUGAAGCAGUCCUGGUGUUUUUACACUCCAGUGAUUCACUUGGCCCAGUUCGCUGUUGCUGCUGCGCUAAUAGGGAUAGGCUAUCCAGCCUGCAGUGUUAUGUCCUAUACUUUAUACUCAAAAAUUUUGGGACCAAAACCUCAGGGCGUCUACAUGGGUUGGUUAACAGCUUCUGGAAGUGGAGCAAGGAUUCUCGGACCAGUGUUUGUUAGCCAAACAUAUAUUUACCUAGGGCCUCGAUGGUCAUUUGGCUUAGUCUGUGGAAUCAUUGUAUUAACUAUCAUACUUGUGGGAGCAAUUUAUAAGAGACUGAUUGCUUUUUCUGUACGACAUGGGAGGCUUCAAGAGUAAGCUUAGCAUAGUUAAGUUGAAAAGGUGAAGAGUUUCAUAUCAAGAUUGCUAUGAGUCUGGGAUAUUUAUUUCUAAAAAAAGAGGUGAUUUUUAUGAAGGCUCAUGUUAAUAUUCUAAGUCUUAUAAUAAGUAUUAAAAACAGGCUAAAUUUUGCCCCUCUUGCUUUGUACCAUAGGGCAAGUUAAUUCUUCUUAAAUUGUAUCAAAUUUCCAUAUUUACAAGGUGAAACAGAUUUAUUUUACAUCUUCCAAACUAAUGAUCCAACAGCAAUAUAUAAAGAUUAGCAACAUUCUUUUUUUUUUUUUUUCCCUGAGGCAAUUGGAGUUAAGUAACUUGCCCAGAGUCACCCAGCUGCACCAUUCUUAUAAGGUAAAGCUGCACUUGUUUUAAUAAAUUAGUUUUGAAUCAGGUUUAUAAUCAUUUUGAUUAUAUCAGUUUAUUGAUUUAUAUCAAGUAUAUAAUUUAUUGAUUAUAUCAAUUAUUAUUGAUUAUAUUUUUAAAAAGACCACAAAGAAAAUCAUCUUCCUAGGUUCAAAUAAUUGAUUAUUUAUAAUCAGAGAACUAGAACAAAAAUGUAGAAACUACUGAUUAUAGUGUGGGUUAGAGAGACUAGCUCCAAAUUUCCACACCACAAAAAAAUUAGAAAUGUAUAUUACUAUAGAUUAUAUUAUUGUUCAGUUGUUUUAGUCAUGUCCAAUAUGAAUCCAUUUGGGGUUUUCUUGGCAAAGAUUAGAGUGUUGCCAUUUUCAUUCUGCAGCUUUUUCUUUAAAAAAAAAAAAAAA